CAUGCGUUACAUUUUUUCUGACGAAGUUUUGAGAUGCAGGUAAACUGCUGAUACCGAACCUUGUUUAAAAUUGCCACAAGACUUGGAAAUGAAGACUGACUCUGUUGAUUUAAUCUAUACGUAGAAGUUAAUAAGAAAGAAGUCAUAAUGUCUAAGAAGCUUGUAAUACCAAACAAAGCAGAGAGUGUAAAGGUAGUGGUAAGAUGUCGUCCUAUGAAUGAAAAGGAGAUAAAAGAUGGACAUGAAAGAACUGUUGAUAUGACAGUAAAAAAAGGACUGAUAGAAGUGAGGAAUCCUAAAGGACUAUCAUCAGAGGCUCCCAAAUCUUUUACAUUUGAUUCAGUUUAUGACUGGAAUUCAAUACAGUUAGAGUUAUACGAUGAAACAUUUCGUGACUUGGUGCAAUCAGUUAUAGAAGGAUUCAACGGUACUAUUUUUGCUUAUGGACAGACUGGAACAGGCAAAACACAUACAAUGCAGGGUAUUAAAAAUGAUCCAGAACAAAGAGGAGUUAUCCCCAACUCAUUUGAACAUAUAUUUCAGCAUAUUUCACGCUCAGAAAACCAGCAGUAUUUAAUACGAGCUUCAUAUUUGGAAAUAUACAUGGAAGAAAUAAGAGAUUUGUUAUCCAAGGAUCACACAAAGAGACUUGAACUGAAAGAGAGGCCUGACACUGGUGUUUAUGUAAAAGACCUUUCAUCUUUUGUCACAAAGAGUAUUAAAGAAAUAGAACAUGUAAUGAAUGUUGGGAAUGCCAACAGAGUUGUAGGAGCUACAGAUAUGAAUGCCCACAGUUCCAGAUCACAUGCAAUAUUCAUCAUAACCAUAGAGUGCAGUGCUAUGGCAGAAGAUGGUGAGAACCAUAUUAGAGUAGGAAGACUAAAUUUAGUGGACUUGGCAGGCAGUGAAAGGCAGAGUAAAACACAGAGUCAGGGUGACAGAUUCAAGGAAGCAACAAAGAUAAAUUUGUCCUUAUCUGCCUUGUGCAAUGUAAUCUCAGCUUUAGUUGAUGGACACAGUACUCAUGUUCCUUAUAGAGACUCUAAACUGACUCGAUUAUUACAAGAUUCUUUAGGAGGAAAUGCCAAGACAGUGAUGGUAGCCAAUAUUGGUCCUGCCAGUUAUAAUUAUGAUGAAACACUUAGUACACUCAGGUAUGCUAAUCGUGCCAAGAACAUAAAGAACAAACCAAAGAUAAAUGAAGAUCCUAAAGAUGCCUUGUUAAGAGAAUUCCAGGAAGAAAUUGCAAGAUUGAAGGCACAUUUAGAUGCUAAAGGAGGACCAAGGAAGAAGAAAAAGAAGAAGAGAGUAAGAAGAAAUGAAGAUGGUGAGAUAGUUAGUGAAUCUGAAGGUUCAGAAGAUGAUGAGGGUGAAGGUAGUGAAGGGGAAGGAAAUGAAAAAGAUGCUGAAGCCUACAUGAGUGAACAGAAAGCCAAGUUGGAGCAAGAAAAACAGUCUAUACUCAAUAACCAGACAAUGGUGAUAGAGGAAAAAGAAAAAUUGCUACAGGAAAUGAAAGACAGAGAAGAAAAAUUGCAACGAGAAAAAGAAGCUAAAGAGGCAUUGUCUUCCAAAAUAAAAGCUAUGGAGAGUAAAUUGCUGAUGGGUGGUCGAAAUAUUGUGGAUCACACAAAUGAGCAGCAGAGGGCACUGGAGCAAAGACGAGUGGAGAUUGCAGAUCAGAAACGGAAGGAAAGAGAAAUGCAACAGAAAUUGGAUGAAAAAGAAGGAUCUACAGUCGAGAUGCAGGAAACCUACCAAUCAUUACAGCAAGAAAUUGAAGUCAAAACCAAGAAACUUAAAAAAUUGUUUGCAAAGCUGCAGGGAACAAAACAGGAAAUAUUAGAUCUCCAGGAAGAACAUUCCAAAGAAAGACAAGAACUGGAACAAACUCAAGAAGAAUUAACCAGGGACCUCAAACUAAAACUGCUUAUUAUAGAGAACUUCAUUCCAGCAGAGGAAAAACAGAAGCUGAAUAACAGAGCAUUCUUUGAUGAAGAUGAAGAAACAUGGAAGCUUCGGCCACUUGCUCAGAAAAAUACAAUAACAAUGGCAAAGAGACCACAGUCAGCCUUAGGUAACAGACGACCUGUUUCAGAUUAUGCUAAAGUUGCAUCUGCCAUGGGAGGUAACCCACGUUUUAAGGGGGAGAAUAUAAUGAUGGUCGAGUUAGACAUGCCUAACAGAACUACACGGGAUUAUGACCUGCCACAGGUGGCGCCACGUAUUCAAGCAGCACUAGAUGCAGCUCUACAGGACGAAGAGGAUAUAGAUAUUGAAGGAGGAACUCCAAAUGUAUUUAGUAUGAAAGCCAAGCCUCGUAAAAACAGCAGACCAAAAUCAUCAAAGAGGAAUGAACAGUCACAGAAAUUUCCACAGUCACGAGGUCUGGUUCCUAAGUGACCAUGAGGUUUGGUUGCCAUGUGACCUCUAUUUACAGCUGAUACCAUGUCUUUCUGCACACACAACUUCAUGCAAACUUUUUCCAAUUUGAUUUUACAAUGUUCAAAGUUUAAGUAUGUAAUAUAUAAGUUGUAGAAAUUCUGUGAUUUUAUUUAUUAUGCUGUAAUUUUUGUCUGGCUUGCUACAAAAGUCUCAAAUAUAAAAAAAGUAUCACUACUACUCAGUCAGUGGCAACAUCAACCAUUGUAACAUAUUGUAAACUCUAAUGUUUAAUGAUAAAGUCUGUUAAAGGGUUUGUUUGUACAUGUACUAAAUAUUGUAAGUAUUGUUUUGUUGUGAAAUUGUUUGGUUUCCCUGAAAGUCUGUCACUAAGGAUAAUUUCUGUGUAAACUUUCAUUUCAUACAAAAUUUACCAUAAUUACAUAAAAAAAAAGACUUUUCAUGAAGAUAUAUUGUUCACAACAGGGAGUUAUGUACAUAAAUAACAUAUUUCUAUCUGUGAUAUUUAAUGUUGUGUAUACAUGUGAAUUUUGGAAGAAGAGUGUUAAUGAUAUUCACACAGUUAUUGUCUGAGUUAGUAAUCUAUCAUUGUCACGCAGUUGAUGUGCCCAAUAUGUGUAUUUCUCAUACGAAAGCAAACAGAACAAAACUAUGAACAUAGUGCUAGAAACUGACAUUGAUUUGUGACACAUCUCAUGUAGUAUUAAUUACCUUUCAACUCACUAAAUUUUGAACUUAAUAAUUUACAAGUAAAAUGAUAUAGAUAUAGUGGGUCUUUUUCAGUAGCCAAAAAAAUUAAAGCAACGAAAGUUUCAAAUGCUGCACCGAAUCUUACCAAAUUCACUAUUUAUGAUUACAAAAAACAUGACAGCUUCCUUGUAUUUUUUAAAAACCUAUAUUACAUUUAUGUUUUGAGACAUUUAAUACAUUUAUGUUUGAGUCAGUUGUAAGGUAUAAAAUGUUUUCAAUAUAUUCGGAAGAAUUUCUUAAACAGAAAAAGUAACAUUCAAAUUUUUGUGUGCUAUUCAAGGGUGAGGCCACAUUCACAAUGUUUAAUUAAGUUUAUGAACAUUAAUUAUAAAGUAUCAAUGAGUUAAUUUUGAAAAUUCUUAAAGAUGUUAAAAUACUUUUGAAUAAAGAAUUGAUUGCAUGUCAAACAAUUGAUUAGUUUUAUUUCAAAAAGAUGUAAACAAUAAAUCUUAUGUUCACAAAACAUGUUUCACUUAGGCAGUGUAAAUGUGGCCUUAGUUGCAAUUAUUUCCAUUUAGUUCAUUCAUAUAAAUGUUACUUUACAAACUUCUUUGAGAAAAAUUGUACCUUUGUCUUGUUCUCUCACAAAUUUCUAUAGGAAAACACUGUUACAAUCUUUUUUGUAUGUAUCAUUUAUUAGCAGUAUUCAUUUUAUAUUAAUUUCCGUCCAUAUUUAUUUUUAUUGAUUGUAUAUGUCAUUUAUACAAACUAAAUGGUUGUUUCUUUCCAUGAUCUGUUUUAUAUUUAUUAUGUGGUAAUUAUCUUAAUAAAUUAUUUCAUGCUGAUA